AGAAGCAGAGUACGUCGCGCUAGGCGACGUAGUGAAGGAGAUUUUGUUUUUGAGGCAGAUUUGGCGUUUCAUGUUGCCGCAGGUCGGCAUGCCGUGCAUCCCCGUCUUCGAGGACAACCAGGGGGCGAUUCAACUAGCGCAGAACCCCAUCUCAAACUCGAACUCGAAGCACAUAGAUGUAAGGCACCAUUUUCUCAGGGAACUGGUAGAGAGGAAGGAAAUUUCGGUCAUUCACGUGCCGUCGCCGUACCAGCAUGCAUACUUCCUUACGAAGAGUUUGUCGAAGGAUGCUUUCGAGUCUCACCGUGAAUUUGGCAUGAACAUUUUGUUGUUUUUCUGAUAGGUUGUGUUUUGUUUUUGUUUUGUUUCUCGUUUUGUUUCCCGCUUUCUUUCAUUUCCCGCGCCAAGUAUUUGUUGCGCGCGAUGCAGCUUCCUUUGAAUUGUUUUCCUCUCUCUUAUGUUAUUCUGGCAAAGUCUUGGUGUCAUAUCGUCUGGGAAAGACGUCUUUUGGUUUGAGAUAUCGGGUGUUAGCGAAGUUUUCAGUGAGAGACUGUUGCGAGCAGGGGGGAUGUUAGAUAUACUCGCAGCAGUAUCUGGUCGUGAGGAUCCCAGGGGAUACGUGUUGGGAAUUUCGUGUGUAGUAGGGUAUCACCGGUGCAGUCACGGGGAUCCUUUUGGCGUGGUUGGUGCGAUGGAGCUUGCGUGCGUGUUGCGCACUUCUUCUUCCCUCUCGCUCUCCACCACCACC